CCGACGAGAUACUAUUAAAGACCGUCAAUCCUGGACAAAUUUUCGGCCAUUUUUUGUAUAAAAAGAUUACGAGUUAUAACGGCCGUUGAGUUCGGAACACUUCUCAGUUUAGUUACGGAACUGCCAACAUUUAGGGGAAAAAAUAAGCUAAGCUAAUUCAGUUCGAAAUACACCCUCUGUUUUUCUAGGGACUCUACAUCAAGUGUGGUGUAGUGCAAAAGGCGCCAAAAUCUGGCAAUCCGGAGUCACUGCGUGUAUAUUUUGCCGCGCAAACGUAGCAUAUAUAUUAUUGUUAUAAAAUGAUAGAAUCUGAUCACAGUGAAAUUGAGGCAGAAGACAUGGAAAAACUACAAUUAUCGUCUCCUUCAUCUACUUCUAUAGAUGACAUAUCAAAAAAAAGGCCAAGAGAUUCUGAAGACGAAAUAGAUUUAUCUAAAAAACGGCAAUGUACAUUUAAUGAACGGUCAGAAAUAUUAGAGAGCAAUAACUCUGAAACUAUUUCAGAGAAAAAUAAUACAGAAAGAUGCUAUGUGAAAAUGGAAAGAUAUAAAUUGUAUCGAGAAAAUCAGCAAAGUGUACAAGAGGUAUCUCUAUCUGAAUCAGAUAUGGAUGAGAAGAAUAAGGAGAAACAAGGAGAUAAUUUGAAGCAAACAAAUGAAAAAGAAAUUGAGAAUAAUAUGACUUUAAACAAAAAUUCUGGAGAAAUAAAUAUUAAGGAGGAAAUUGUGGAAAGCAUGGAUAAUUCAUUCCAAAAGUCUACAAAUGCAAGUGUGAUGUCUAUUCCUGAAAACAAAAAAGAAACAACAAGAGGUAUUGAGGUUGAAGAAGAAAAUGACAAAACGAUAACUAGAGAGGAAAAUAGCAAGGAGGAUGAAAUGAAAAAACGACAUACCGCUAAGAAAUGUACUGUCGAUACAGAAGUGGUAGACGGACUGGAGCUUUUCGUGGAAUGUGCAAGUGAUAGGGAAGAAUCUAGUUCUGAGAGUGAAGAUGAAAAAGAUGUGAAACCACGACCGAAGACAAUAAUUGUGAAUGCAGAGCCAAAUGAGUCGGAAUUAGACUGUUCGUCAGAAGAAGAAAAGCUUGAUUUGCAACAGAUCGCCGACACAUUGAAGAUCAAAUCGGAAAAAAGCAGGGAAAAAGCAGCAAAGAAAAAAAGUUCGCGAACAAGUUUUAGUAAAUUGAAAACUUCUGGAUCAGAGGACAGUCAGAAUAGCAAUUCAGAUGAAGAUUAUAGUCCACGGACGAAAAAGAAAAUGACAAAAUCUCCAGCUACGAGGAAAUCGAUCGACAAACAUCGCUCGAUCGAAUCAAAAAGAGGACGAGGCAUAAGAAAUUCUCACUCAAAAAAUACUGAAUGUAUAAUGUCCGACGAUGACGAUACGACUGCAGCAGAGAAAGCUAAUAAAACGACUGGAAUUAAGAAUGGACUGCAGGGAGAAUUAUCGAACCCGGAAUCAUCCAGUAAAGACGAUGAAAGUGAUAAUAAUUCCGGAAAAGAAGAGAGAUCUAUGAAAAGUGGAAGGGGAAGCCGUGGUAAUGAUAAAGGAGAUAAACAGAUACAGAGGUUGAAGAAAUAUUUAAAGGUUGCUGGUGUGAAAGUUCAAUCGUACAAUCGCAUUUGGGCCGAUUGUAGAAAUAACGUUGCAAAAGUUAAUCGUCUGAAGGAAUUAUUAAAGAAAAACGGCGUUAAUGGUAAACCAUCGUUGGAAAAAUGUAAACGAGUGAGAGAAAAAAAUGAAAAGAUGAAGGAGGUAUCUGAAUUGGAUAUGUCAAACAUUAUAUCUGAAGGACGAAUUACGCGCGCACGAAGAAGUAUGGAUACCACCGUUAAAAAGACACUUUCAGACACUCCACCGCGAUAUCGAGAGCAUAAUACUUUUAGGCGUAUUCAAACUGUUGUUGAUAGUGAUUCGGAAUAGAGGACAUAGUAUGUUCUCAUGAUUCAUAAAUGUUGAAUAUAAUUGUAAUAUAAAUUUAUUAUAUUCGGCGAAUUCGGCACACAUACACUGACUCCGUUCUAGUGUUGCCCUACAAGUGCAGAACUACUUUACCGUUAUGCCAAAUUGCACUGUCAGAAACAUCGGUGCAACAUUUUUUGAACUCGUUUAGUUCAUUCGAUUGGUCUAAAUAUAAAUUCAGCAUUACACUGGGUCAGUUUUCAUUUACCGAUAUAACGAUAAUCAAAUUAUAUUCGAUACGAAUAUAACGAUAAUCUUAACGCAUUGAAACAGUGCGCACAAGCCGAAUGCGUGACAUUGAAAAAAUUCGCACUCGGUGCGCACUAGUGCGGUCUGCCGAAUUCGCUAUAAAUAUUUAAACAUCAGAGAACAGGUGCCAACAAUUUGUGUGUGUGUGUGUGUGUGUG